CAACGAUUUCCCAUUCAUAUAGUAUGCAGAAGAAAUCAGACCCUUGACCAGCCAACAUGGCACCGAGCACGAUGAAAGCAAUUCAAAUUCAACAGUUCAAUGAGCCGUAUCAUGUAUCCGAAGUGGUCGUUCCUCAACCAGAGCCACAUCAAGUAUUAGUGCGCGUCAAAGCUGCUGGUUUCUGUCAUACCGAUUUGAUGGCUCUAAACAAUGAAUUUGGAACCAAAUUACCCUUUAUUGGAUCUCAUGAGCCGGCGGGGAUAAUUGAGGAAGUUGGUUCUCGGGUCACGGGGUUUCAGAAAGGCGACCGUGUCGGCUGCAUCAACUUUGAUAGUGUUUGUGGAAAAUGUCCGGACUGUAAAGCUGGUCGUCCUAUCUAUUGCGAUGCCCCGAUGAUGAAGGGCAUCACUGCUGAUGGAGCCUGGGCUGAAUACAUGGUCGCCGAUGCUCGAUUCAUGAUAAAACUACCCGAUGAUAUGGAAUUUAAAGUGGCAGCACCUUUGAUGUGCGCCGGGAUUAGCAUCUACGGCGGCAUAGUCCGAGCCAACGUGCCCCAAGGUGGCUCAAUUGGCAUUGUUGGGAUUGGUGGAUUGGGCCAUAUCGGUACCCAAGUUGCCAAGUGCAUGGGCUACAAGGUCGCGGCAAUCGAUGUAAAGCAGUCAGCUCUGGAUGCAGUGGCGUCCUACGAACACAAGCCCGAUGUAUCCAUUUGGGCCACAGACCCAGUGGAAAUGUCCCAGGAAAAGAUUAACAAGGCUGUCCCUGGCGACUAUCCAGGACUCGAUGCGACCGUGCUAGCCACAGAUCAUCCAUCGGCCUUUGAAUUAGCGGCUGCUCUUACGCGGAAGCACGGUAAGAUGGUCUUGCUUGGUCAGCCUGAAAAGGGGAUCACCAUGUCAUAUCAGACGACUAUCUACAAAGAUAUAACGUUGGUGGGCUCCUUGAUCGCGGACACAGCUGAUGCGCAGGCGUUCAUCCAGUUGUUCCACGAGAACAAGCUGCACGUGGAAGUCAAGGAGUGGAAGCUGGAGCAGGCAGAGCAGAUGAGGCAGGAAUAUUUGGCCGGAAAGUCGAAUGGCAAGAAUGUCAUUGUCAUCGAUUGAAGAGUCUGAGUUUAAAAUGCAGAGUCUCGCUGGAAGAUACUAACCUGAACGCCAAUCUAGCUUCCUCCUGUUUUCCAGUCGCCGUGGGGCAAAGCAUAUUAGCUGACAGGAUGGCGUCGGAUGUGAGGAAGUAGCGGAUGCUUAAAAUAGCCACCACCACUACUAUUAUUUGUUGGGAGGAGACUCAGAUCGUGACGUUCUUGUCCAUAUUUUAGGAAUAGUGUCCCAAAAGUAUCGAGACGAAAGCUAUGCAAUAUGUAUCAUGGAAAGUCAUCAUUAGCAAUUCCAAUGAUGGAUUCAACCGUGGCGAGAAUUACAAGAUACAGUACGCUAUUCUGAGAUGUGCCUCUGCUCAGUGCUUCUCCCUAGCAAUAAGAAUCCGGUCAAAAAGUCCCGUCCCCUUAGGAAGGGGCACUGCAAUAUGCCCCUGGACGGAUGCUGCACGCACUAUCAACACACU